UGCACACCACAAACAGAAAUUGACGUUCGUGUUGUCACUGCGGAUGUUACAGGACGGAAAAUUAUUUCGAUCGGAAAAGGUUUUGAGAAACACCUAACGCCCUUUUCGGAUGACUUUAACAUACAUUGCUUAUAUGCAAUGGGUCAUUUCAAUGUUUAGGCAUUUCAAGACGCUUUUCUGUAGAGAGAAUAUGCGCAUCUGUUGGCAACGAAACAGCAGAAAAUUUACUACGUAUAUCAGUGAAAAUUAAUUAGAUGCAUGUUAAUUUGUUGCAACAACAUACUGGUGUAUAAAUUUUUUGCACCAUCUUACGUACGGGAAAUCUAAACAACUCUAAUAUCAAUGGUGAUGUGAUUGUGCAUGCAACAUCGUAGCAAUGGAUAAAAGUAAAUCGCCUGUACGCCGUGCUAAACGUCAAUCGAAAGUGGUUGAAGAAAACUUCUGGGAUUGCAGCGUCUGCACAUAUCGCAAUACUGCCGAAGCCUUCAAGUGUUUAAUGUGCGACGUGCGAAAAGUUUACUCCGUUCCAGGUACAUCCACCCGAAAACCACGACUAAAUUCUGCCCUUGCGGCGCAACAGGCUGCAACACAAGCCUUUCCAGGGGCGUCCGGGGGUGCGCAAGUCGUAUCGAACGUGAAAUCUCCCGGUAACACAAAAGCACUAAGAAGCAAAAGCAAGCGAUCAAAGCAUCCAGCACGAUUAAAAAAUAUUGACCGUUCGAGCGGCCAAACGCGUGAAGUAACUGUAAAUUCAGUAACUGUUGUCAUCACCGAGUAUAAACCAAAGCCCUCCGUUAGUCGGCAUGAUUCGAGUGAAAGUUUUAGUGAGAGUAAUGAUUCUAGAAGCUAAGCAACUUCAUUUGCCCUGCACAUUUGGCUAUUAUUUUAGAUAAUAACAGAAUGUCGAGUGUUACUAAAACUAGCAGUUGCUGCUGCAUUAUGAUUGGUUUGCUCUGCUGCUUAUUCGUGAUUGGUAACGAUAGUAUCAUGUCUGUUUUUAUUCUCGAUUUGGGCUUCAUUUAAAGAAAGUGUAUGUCUGAAGUCAGUUUUACUUGUAAAACUAACUCAUUCUAGCCUUAUAAAUUAUAAGGGAGUUAUAGUUUGUGUAAAUUGAUUGAUAUUCAAUAUUACUCAUAAUAAGAUUCAAAUUUCUUAAACUAAAUAUUAUCAGAAGUCAUAAGAAAAAGAUCUGUAAUUUCCAUAAGUUAAUACUACGUUGAAAGUAUGAAGUUAUGUCUGAACUAAUAUAAUUUCUCUGUCUACAACUAUUAUUAUAUUAUAUCAACCUAGAGAUUUGUAAAAACCAAUCAUUUUCAAACACAUUGAAUGUGGUUAAGAGAUUGGCAUAUGAAGGAAAUUAUAAUUUAGAGUAGGAUAUGUAUGUUUUUUCGGCAAACCGAAUUAGGUAAACAGAUAAAUAAUUGUAAUAAUAAAAGCGAGAACAACUAUAUUGCAUAUGUUUCGAAAACUUUGAAUGAAACAUAGUAAAUCGGGGAUAUGUAAAACUGCCAUUAUUCCAACAAAAUACAACAAUUUAUCAUUAUAUCAGCACACUCCAAAAAUGCGAGUAUUGUAAAUGAAUAAAAAGAGUGCUAUGGUAGUGUUAAGUUUA